CUUUCCACCUUAUCCUCUUCAUCCUAAGACACUUCGAACCAGUAUCCACUUCAACGGGCAUAAAGCAACAAGAAUGUCAAAUUGAAGAUUAACAUGAAUUCAUUGUGACCAUCUUCUCAUCAAUUUCCCAUACAAAUUCCUCCCAAUAUAUAUACACACAACAAAGUACCUUUGACAAUGGCCACAAGCCCUCCUCCUCUGCUUGUCUCUACCAACAUAACCACCACCAACCACCAUGAUCAACACUUUAGCCACACGCGCCUUAUCCACUUGUUAAACCAAUCUAUUGGUAUGGCUCAGCUUAAACAAAUUCAUGCCCAAGCGCUACGCACAAUUGACGCUGACCAUCCACAAGCUCUCUUUCUUUAUAGCAGAAUUCUUCAUUAUACUUCUCUUUCUGAUCUCACCUACGCUACUCGUGUAUUUCACCACUUCUCUAAGCCCAAUUCCUUCAUGUGGAACACUCUCAUACGAGCCUACGCGCGAAGCACCAACCACAAAGACCACGCAUUUGAGCUUUACAAUGCAAUGAUGAUGGUGGAAGAAGAAAGUGCUGUUCCCGAUAAUCACACCUUCCCGUUUGUUCUUAAGGCUUGUGCUUACACUUUUUCUCUCUGUAAAGGAAAACAGGUGCAUGCCCACGUUUUUAAACAUGGGUUUGAGUCAGAUACACACAUUUGUAACAGUUUGAUUCAUUUUUAUGCGACAUGUGGGUGUUUAGAUUUGGCACAGAAACUUUUUCAGAAGAGGUUUGAGAAAAACGAGGUUUCAUGGAACAUUAUGAUUGAUUCUUAUGUAAGGGUUGGUGAGUUUGACGCUGCUUUGAAAAUGUUUGGUGGGAUGCAGAAGGUGCAUGAUCCUGAUGGUUAUACAAUGCAGAGUGUCGUUAAUGCUUGUGCUGGUUUGGGUGCUUUGUCGUUGGGUUUGUGGGCACAUGCUUAUCUUCUGAAAAAGUGUGCGAAGAGUGUGAUUGAUGAUGUUUUGGUGAACACUUGUUUGGUGGAUAUGUAUUGCAAAUGUGGGUUCCUGGUAAUGGCUCAGCAGGUCUUCGAAAGCAUGAAAUAUAGAGAGGUAAAUUCAUGGAAUUCAAUGAUCUUGGGGUUUGCAAUGCAUGGUAAGGCUGAGGCUGCAUUGGAGUAUUAUAACCGAAUGGUGAAGGUGGAAAAUUGUGUGCCAAAUUCUAUCACUUUUGUUGGUGUAUUGAGUGCUUGUAACCAUAGGGGCAUGGUUGAAGAGGGGCUUGUGUAUUUUGACAUGAUGACUAAGGAGUACAAUAUUGAACCAAGGUUAGAACAUUAUGGAUGUCUAGUUGAUCUUUUUGCUCGAGCUGGGAGAAUUGAAGAGGCUCUAAACUUGGUAUCAGAAAUGCCAAUCAAACCGGAUGCUGUUAUAUGGAGGAGUCUUUUGGAUGGUUGUUGCAAGCAACAUGCAAGUGUUGAGUUAAGUGAAGAAAUGGCAAAGCAGGUGUUUGAGUCAGAGGGGACUAUUUGUAGUGGUGCUUAUGUGCUUUUGUCAAAAGUCUAUGCUUCAGCUAGUAGGUGGAAUGAUGUUGGAUUGCUUAGAAAAUUAAUGACUGAUAAGGGUGUGACUAAAGAGCCUGGUUGCAGUUUAAUAGAGAUAGAUGGAGUGAUUCAUGAAUUUUUUGCUGGGGAUACCACUCAUCCCCAGAGUGAAAAUAUAUAUUUGUUUAUGAAUGAAAUUGAGGAGAAGCUAGAAUCAAUAGGGUAUUUACCUGACUACACAGGGGCACCUUUGGUAGAUGAGAUUAAUAAUGGGAAAAAGAAUAGUCUAAGGUUGCAUAGUGAGAGAUUGGCCAUAGCUUUCGGAAUCUUGAACUCAAGACCUGGCAUGCCAAUAAGAGUGUAUAAGAAUUUAAGGGUGUGUAAUGAUUGCCACAAGGUUACUAAAUUAAUCUCCAGAAUUUACAAUGUGGAGAUAAUUGUAAGGGAUCGUGCUCGAUUCCAUCACUUUAAAGACGGUACCUGUUCUUGUAGGGAUUAUUGGUGAUAAAUGCUGGUGUCAGGGCUAUAAUGAUAUAUACAUGUGUUGUUGAAAAUCUUAUAUCUUGAUGACAUUGAAGGACUAGGGAGAUGUAAUUGCUCAGCUCAUGCCUUAGUAGGAGGGUAAAAUAUAAUAUGAUCUACUGGGUGGAUAGAAGAGAGAAUAAAACACGCCACCUUUCAUUUUGGUGCAUAAUUCUAUUAAUAAUCAGCGUUGUUUUAUCUCAACUGUUUCUCUAAUAUCCAAAUUUCUUAUUUAAGUAUUUCCGCAUAGGGUUUCUUCUAUCUUACAAGACAA